UAUAUUUGCAAGUAAUGUUUUAGCUUGUCCGGGUUACAUAAGAUACAUCAUUUGUUUUCGCGGUGCCCAAGAUUCAUGACUUCGAUUGAGUACGGCGGAGGACCAACGUUAGAGCAGAGGAGAAGAUUCUGUGAUUUGGAGAAAGGGCAUAUCCCUGGCUACUCCGGUUACUGUCCCCAACUCAAGUUCCGCUCUGGUCAUUCCUACGGAAAGGAAACGGCUGAGCUGGCUGAGGAGCUUCCAUACUAUGAAGGUCCAAAAUCCCAGAAGCCACACCACCUACAUCCAGUGGUCGGUGACCAGAAGGAUGCUACUGUGCGCUCGGUGUUCAAAGAUGAGGUUCCUGGAAGAAUGUUACCCAAACCAACUGGCGACAACAAAUAUAUCUCAGGAAUGAUCCCCGGUUAUUCAGGGGAUGUACCUCGCAUGAAUUAUAAAUAUGGUGCGACGUACCGGCAUACCACGGAUGAAUGUGUGGACGAAUUCGUUCGGCAAUACAAAUGCGAAGAGAACAAAAGAGAGGAGCUUGCUGAAGCCGCCGGCCUGUUUCCUCCGCUUCGACCCAUUUCAGAAGAUCCACAUGUGCGCGACCACAUGGAUAUCUGGGCGGACGAUUUGAUGAAACGUGAUAUGAAAGUUCCACCCACUCGCGGUCCGACCGAUCCUCCAAUUCCUGGUUAUCAGGGAUUCGUUCCUCGUGUUGAGAGCACUAACGCCGGAUUAGCCAAACGAUUUCACGAAGCUUGUCGUAGCGGUCUGGAAACCUUCCGUGCAGAAAAUCGGGGUCACUGGGACAGGCUAUCAGAACCACUGAACGCCGGAAACAGAGAAGCCCCAGUAGACGUUAAAGCGCCACGACAUUGGGAUAAUGAGCCCACUUCAUCCAGAAUCUUCAGGCGAGAGGGUAUGAUUCCGGACUACAGCGGUCAUGUGCAUGGUUACAAGUUCCAGUCAGGCAAGAACUUUAGCAACACAACAAGAGACCUUGAAGUGUGCGCUCACCCGUUCCCCAGCUACGGGGAUUUCGUUCGGGAGAGAGAUUUCGCUAGAAACCAACCAUGAGAAAUGCACAGAAUGACUCCAACGCUUUGGUUAUUUUUUCAUUAUUUAUUUCAGCAACCGCUACAAACUGAGAGGGGUACCCAUUUUACCAUUACUUAUCACGUUGUGCGGGCACAACACCCGACUUACGCUUUUCUUUAAGUUGCACUCCUUUUGGCGCAUGCAAUUUAGCCGCUGCGCUACUGCAAUUUAUUUUUGCAUUUGUGAAUAGACGGACAAAUUUUACUGUACUUUCCUAGCUGUCAGUACACAGAUUCCGUUGAAGAUCACAAA